AUGACUGAAGACAUUAUCAAUGCGGAGAUUGACGGCUCAGUGUUGGAGGAAGAGCGGAAACAGGAGCCACCCCCAAAGAAGCCGAAAAGAUUCGAGUGUAAACACUGCCAACGGCUGUUUGCGCGCCUAGAGCAUCUUCAACGGCAUGAACGGACGCAUACUCGAGAGAAACCUUUCGCCUGUAAUCAAUGCGACAGCAAGUUCACACGAAGCGACCUUCUGGUUCGACACGAGAGACUCAGUCACGAUGCUGAGCGCUGGGGCAGAAACGGUAGAAACGGCCAGAGCGCUGGAUCCGCGGGUUCGACGACAGCAACCACAGGUCGAAAACGGCGAAACACCGACGAGCACCACACUUUGGAUCUCACCGAUGCUCCCAGCUUGACCUCCAACGAUUUCAACGCCUCCCAAAACAUAGUGUCCAGCUACCUCCCUGCAAACUCGACUCAGAAUACGGGCACUACGCCCAAUGGUCAUGACCUCUCCUUCGCAACAUUGCUGAUGGCUGCCGAGCAUGCUCGACCUCAGGACACACAAGCCCACGCUUCCCUGCGACAGCCCAACCAUAUGGCGACACCGAUAUUCCCUGUCCAGGACCAGUUCCUACCCGAGCCGACUUCGCAAGCCCCCAUUACAGCUCCGGCGGAUCAGCUUAAUGGCCUUGUGGGAUUUGAUUUCGAGGACUCUCUGCAAGAUCUGGCAAAUUUCAUGGACAACGGUGCUCUAUCGUCUUACCAUUUUUCGUCUAUGAUCAGCGCCGAACAGCCCAUACCGUUCUUCUCACCCGAGUCCUUCACGCACCCGACGGACGUGCUCCCGACCACCGAACCUCGUCAAAUCUCACGACCUGCAUCUCGCGCACUCCCUAAUCCUGAUCACCCUGAAGAUUCGGGCUCAUUCUCGCGCUUCGGGUCACGCCUACCGUCGCUGCAACCGGAAGAAAGUCCGUCAGCGCCGCAGAGCGAGCAGGACAGCAUCCACCGUCCGCUAUCCGACAUCAAUAUUGAAGACCGGCAAAACGUCUCCUUGAAGUUGGCGGAGUUUGCUCACGUCGUGCCAAGUACCUUUCAGCUCCCAUCUAGACUGGCAUUGUCAAGAUAUCUGGCCGGUUAUGUCAACGGCUUUCACGAACACCUGCCUUUCCUUCAUAUUCCCACUUUGUCUGUGAAUAACAGUUGCAUCGAGCUGAUUUUGGCAAUGGCAGCUGUCGGUGCGCAGUAUUGCUUUGAGGGACAAAAAGGGGUUGAACUGUUUUCGGUCAGUCAAUCAAUAGCCAUGCAACGCAUCCGCCAGAGAGACGCCAGGUUGGCCGCUUUCCAUCGGUCGUCAGAAGUGUCGCCACAAUAUUCCGGACACGGGAAAUCUAGCGACUUGGCGACGGGAGAGACACCGCGUAGCAACUCCAUGUCAGGCUGCUUGGGUCUCCCGUCUCAGCCAGAUUUCGACUCUGGCAUGCAGAAAGAAGAUCUGAUGCAAACAGCACAGGCGCUGUUGUUGCUUAUGGCCAUGGCAACUUGGGCCAAGCACCGGGAAAUCCUUCGCGAGGCGCUUGCAAUACAGAGCGUUUUGGCAACGCUGGUGAGAGACGACGGAUUCAAGAGUCAGCCAAUGCCCGAUGACAUUAGCUGGACAGACUGGAUUCGACGUGAGACAACUAAACGUACCAAGUUCAUCGUCUUCUGCUUCUUCAACCUGCAAACCAUCGUUUACAACGUCCCUUCCCUUAUCCUAGCUUCCGAAGUUGAUCUCACGCUACCUUCUAACGCCGCGGAAUUCAAGGCGCCAACUGCAAGCAAAUGGAAGGAAUUGCGGGCCCGUUCAAUACCUGAGACCGAAUUUCAGACAGCCUUACAUCGCCUGUUCUCCCGCAACGGCAACGAUGUCACUACGUACAACUCUUCGUUGGGGAAUUACGUCCUCGUCCACGCACUGCUACAACAUAUUUUCUUCGUCCGCCAAAUCUCUCGCUAUCGUCUUGACCACGACGGUGACCUGCGGUCCGACGAUGUCGCUGCCAUAGAACAGGCUCUAAGGAAUUGGCAGUUGGCAUGGAAACGCAACCCUGAAUCAUCCCUUGAUCCGAUGAACCCGAAUGGGCCAGUGACUUUCAACUCCACCGCGCUCCUGCGACUUGCAUAUAUUCGACUCAAUGUUGACUUGGGACCGGGACGGGCACUGGAUACUCGCGACCCGGUUCAGAUCGCCAACGCCUUUCGAGACAGUCCUUCUGUCAAGCGGACACCGAAGCUCGUCCGCGCCGUCCUACAUUCUGCCCAUGCCCUAAGCAUCCCAGUCAAGAUCGGCAUCCAUCUUGUUGCACAAACGCAGACCUUCAUGUGGUCCAUCCAGCAUUCUUUGUGCACAUUGGAGUGCGCUUUCCUGCUCAGUAAAUGGCUGGAGGCAUUGAGCCUGCCUAACUCGGGUCCUGCGAUAACAAAUGACGAGCGGAAAAUAGCGACCUUGGUUAAGACCAUGCUGGACGAGACAGAGUUUGCCAUGCCUGUAGAUGUGCCUAUCGACUCACCCGCUGCAAUGAAAUACCUCAGCGCGGGCGUGCUAAGGGUAUGGGCGCAGGUGUUUCGCGGGGCUCAGACAUGGGCAAUCGUCGAUGUCAUUGGAACCAGCCUGAACAUUUAUGCCGAUAUGCUCGAAGCAGGAUGA